AGUUCUGAAAAAUGUCAUUGGAGAGUUUAUCGGAGAACAGUUGCAGGCUGUGUGCCGAGGAGAAGGUGGAGAUGUUUCAGAUAUUUGGUGAUGAAGGGAAACAGCGAAAAGUUGCCCAAAAAUUGAGAGUUUGUUUACCUGUUAUGGUGUACAAGACUGAUCCUCUACCCAAAAAAAUAUGUCAAUUCUGUGCUGCGAGGUUAGAUGAUGUUUUUGAAUUCAGGGAAUACUGUCUAAAUGUGUACAGAAAAAUGCACGUCAAACUGUUGGCCAGGAAGCACAUGAAUUCCGUGAAAAUAUUUCUGGAUGCCAUGGCUAACUCACCGGAUCCUUGUCAGGCACAAUUGUGUAUGCUAAAGCCUCGGGCACCACCACCAUUAGUUCCCUUGCCAACAUCACUGCCAUUACCUAGUCCAAUUCAUCCGGAAAGCAUCAGAGAGUCUCUUGAUAGUCUGGAACCAUUGUCCGACCUUCCCUGUGAAGUUCAGAUCAAAGAAGAACUAUCUCGAAGCACUAAAGCUGAGGCGAUGAGCGUCGAUGACGAUGAUGAAUGUUUGGAUGAAAAUCUUGAGGACAAUUGCCAGGGAAAUGACAGCAUCGGCAGUGAUGGAGUCGAGACAAAUGGAACAGAGUCUGAUCCAAAAGGGGAAAAGAAGACAAGCAUUUUAGAGCAAGUGCUCACUGGAAAUUUAACGAUAAAUGAUUGUAAAGAACUGUCUCCAACGACCAAAUUGAGCUCAAAAUGGUGGUGUUCACCUUGCAAUAAUUAUUACAGAUCGAAAGAGAGUUUGGUAAAACACAUAACCCUCCAUUGCCCUCGUAAAUAUUCCUGCGGAAAAUGCACCCUCGUCUUUCCAACUGUUGAAGAUUUGGCUAAGCACGAGGGCUCUGAUCAUUUAAAAGUAACUCUUGAUUUCGAAGAAUCUGUGAAACAAUGCCAUUGUUGUGAUCGAGAGUUUGUAAGUUGGGAAAUGCUGAAGCAUCAUCGUCUGCGAGAUCACCUUGCUAGUUCAAUCGAACUUGGGACCGAUACAUGGUGCUCACUUUGCAAUAGAUUUUUUCCAAACAUCGAACUUUAUCAGGGUCACGCUCAACUCCAUGAAUCUGGAAACCUUCUGGAAAAAAUUCUGGAGCCUCCAGAGGAGAUAGACAAUUCGUCAAAAGCUCAGGAGGAGUUGGAGAGCCUGAAACGUGAGCAUUUCAUCAGGAGCAUCAGAUCACUAACAUGCCCCACCUGUGGCAAGGUUUGCACACAGCAGAGUGCACUAUCCAACCACAUGCGCACUCACGAACCAAAAAAACAUAAAUGCGAGGAAUGUGGUCGAUCGUUUGGGCUUCUGAUACGUCUAGAGACUCAUAAAAUGAGUGAACAUAAUCAGAAAAAUAGAAUUUCACCGGCUUUGACGAGUGUCGAACAAGAAGAGGCGUUGAAUGCUGAGAGAGAGGCGAGGGAGGCAAGAGAAGCUAAAUUGAGGAGUCGACCGUAUAGAGAAAUAAUAGAUCCCGAUGGGGUUGCACUUGAUGAUCAACCGCCUGCAAAACGGCAGGCAACAAAUCCUUCGAAGAAUGUUGCAAGAUGUGGAAUUUGCGAACAAUGGUUCACUGAUCAUACAACGAUGCUCAAUCAUUUACAAACACAUUCAGAUAAUUUAACGGCGAAAAAUUUUACUUGCACUGUAUGCAGGAAAAGCUUUAAGGAAAAAUGGCAGCUACAGAGACACGAGGUAUCGCAUAAGCGAGUGAAAAAUUCAUCUCCCGAGGAGGAGCCCCAAGAUAAAGUGCACAUUGUCGAUAAAACAUUUCAUUGCCAAAAAUGUAAUAAGAUAUUCUUCAAAGAAUUUUCGCUAGUGACUCACCAGUGUAUGAACCAGAAGAGAUUUAAAUGCCCAAAAUGCCUGACUUUCUUUGGGACCUGGCAGGCCAGAGCUUCACACAUGAGAUUACAUUCACCUUCAGCCAAAACACCAUUGCAAAAAGAGCCUGUUGAUGACCCUGUUGAUCCCACUGUAGAAGUUCCAUCAGAUAUCUCUUCAGGCACUGCCCUGCCACUUCUGGAACCCAAAGUCGAGAUCAAAGAGGUUGAAAAUGCUUCAGCUCCCGUCAAAAGAACUCUAAUCAGAACAGCGAACGGAUAUCGUUGUGGCGUAUGCCAAUCGCCAUUUGUCCUUCGUGAAUUGGCUGUGGCUCACCUGAGAUCAGCCCAUCCAAGAAUCACUCAGUACACAUUUAGUCAUCACAUCAAAACUGAUCAUCCCAAUGAAUCAGAAAAAUAACAUUAAAUUAUUCUUAUCGGGUAAAAAUGAAAGUCACCAUUAAAGAAAAUUUCGUAGAUAAGUGGUAAGAUUUCUCAUUCAUUUCUCACUAUGAUUAUUUAAUUUUUUUAGUGAUGAGUAUUAGGUAACAACGCCGUAUAUUAAUGAAAUUGAUUUUCGUCCUGAAUAAUUUUACUAUUUCACUGUUCAAUUGGUUGAUAUAUUCAUAUAAAAUGUAUGAAAGAAAAUGUUUAUAUUUCAGAUAAUUCAAUUAAAUGAGUUGUGUUCCUGCAAGAAAAGAGAUUCCUUGAAGAAGAGAAUAGGUCAUUGAUUACAGAUUCCUGUCACAGUGUCAUUUAUUUAAACUAGAAUUAGACAGAAUUGUCAUUGACAUUGAUAAUAAUGCUGAUAAUUAGUAAUACUGCAAAGUGUUUUUGCUAAAUAAUGUAAGUGGCAUUAGUAUUUAUCGAGGUAAUAAAUACAGUGUUAUUAUUUGAAAUAUAUAUUUUUUAUAUUCAUCAUAAUGACGAGACAAUUGAGGGUAAUAGAAUAACGCUUUGGGAGUCAUACUUCAUAUUUACCAUUAAUCAUAAGGAAGUAAUAAUUUUAAUACAGAGGAUAGUUAUUUAGCCAUGUGUAAAAUAAUUUAAAAACGAGUUGCUCAUUUUUUCAAUCAGCUUCAUUGUUAUUUUGAUUGUUGUUAUUUACAUCGUGGAGUAGGAUUAAUUCAAGUCACCAUCUCUUAUUUUUGUAUUCUUUGAAGAUAAUUGCAGCAACUUAUUUUUAAGGCGAUGAAAACUCUGCUGGAGCUUGUUAAUUUUGAAUUUCAACAUUUUUGUGUGCGAUUUAUCGUAUUUGAUUAAUUUUUUAAUCCCCGACUCGUCGGAAGGAGGUCAUUUCCCUUUUACAAUUCAUUGGACAAAUAAUCUUAAGCUUUACAUAAUUUUUUUUGGCAUUGCAUUGCAAAUUCACGGGUUUUUCUUGUUAAUUGAUUAAUUGAACUAUAAUAACUUCUUCCCGUUGGGUCGCGACGUUAACAUCAUACAAUAGGAACCGGAAAUUACUAAUUGUGAAGAAACACUGAAUAAAGAUAUGAACAAAAAAUAA